CUCGCGCCCCGUAUCGCGCUUACUUCCGCUCCGGCUCCUCUAGGAAGCCGUCCGGUUUCCGGGGUUGGACUCUGAGGGAGCAGGAUGGGUCAGAGUCAGAGUGGUGGACAUGGUCCUGGAGGUGGCAAGAAGGAUGACAAAGACAAAAAGAAGAAAUAUGAACCCCCAGUUCCAACCCGAGUGGGGAAAAAGAAGAAGAAAACAAAGGGACCAGAUGCUGCCAGCAAACUUCCGCUGGUCACUCCUCAUACUCAGUGCAGACUCAAAUUAUUGAAGCUGGAAAGAAUUAAGGAUUAUCUUCUGAUGGAGGAAGAGUUCAUUAGAAACCAGGAACAGAUGAAACCUUUGGAAGAAAAGCAAGAGGAAGAGAGGUCAAAGGUGGACGAUCUGAGAGGGACUCCAAUGUCUGUAGGGACCUUGGAGGAGAUAAUUGAUGAUAAUCAUGCUAUUGUGUCCACAUCCGUGGGAUCAGAACACUAUGUCAGUAUUCUUUCUUUUGUAGACAAGGAUUUGCUAGAGCCAGGAUGUUCAGUUCUACUUAAUCAUAAGGUCCAUGCUGUGAUUGGUGUCUUGAUGGAUGACACGGAUCCUUUAGUUACAGUGAUGAAAGUGGAAAAAGCCCCACAGGAGACAUAUGCAGAUAUUGGAGGCCUGGAUAACCAAAUUCAAGAAAUCAAGGAAUCUGUGGAAUUACCUUUGACUCAUCCUGAGUAUUAUGAAGAAAUGGGAAUAAAGCCACCCAAAGGGGUCAUUCUGUAUGGGCCUCCUGGAACAGGUAAAACAUUAUUAGCCAAAGCAGUGGCAAAUCAGACUUCUGCCACCUUCCUGAGAGUGGUUGGCUCUGAACUUAUCCAGAAAUAUUUGGGAGAUGGACCAAAGCUUGUUCGAGAACUUUUUCGAGUAGCUGAGGAGCAUGCCCCGUCAAUUGUCUUCAUUGAUGAAAUUGAUGCCAUAGGUACCAAAAGGUAUGAUUCUAACUCAGGGGGAGAAAGAGAAAUCCAGAGAACAAUGUUGGAGUUGCUGAACCAAUUAGAUGGGUUUGAUUCACGUGGAGAUGUAAAAGUGAUAAUGGCUACUAACAGAAUAGAAACAUUGGAUCCAGCUUUAAUCAGACCAGGACGUAUUGACAGGAAGAUAGAAUUUCCUCUGCCAGAUGAAAAAACAAAGAAACGCAUCUUUCAGAUUCACACCAGCAGAAUGACUUUGGCAGAUGAUGUUACUCUAGAUGAGUUGAUAAUGGCUAAAGAUGAUUUGUCUGGGGCAGAUAUAAAGGCCAUUUGCACGGAAGCUGGUUUGAUGGCUCUGCGUGAACGAAGGAUGAAAGUAACAAAUGAAGACUUCAAAAAAUCAAAAGAAAAUGUUCUUUAUAAGAAACAGGAAGGCACUCCGGAAGGCCUGUACCUUUAACUUCCCCACCUUUGUUUUGGUCAUAGGUUGGGGUUAAUUCCGUGAACCUUUUUUUUCUUCAGAAUGUGGAAAAAGGAUUAGCGAGCAAGGUGUUAGUGAAUACAAAAAGAAGCUUUUGCUGCUGAAAGUAUGAUCAUUCACGUGCUGUGAAUGUCUGUGUAUUGUGGCAUACAUUCAUUGUGAAAUAUUUUGUCAUUAAACAUUGAUUUCCAAGUGAAUUGGGAUGAUUGGAUUAGAAUUUAAGCAAAGAAGGGUUUUUAAUGUGUGCCCCAAGUGUUCUUUAGCCUCUUAGUCUAAACAUUAAUCUUUUUAGCACACUCUGCAAAUGUUCUGUAAUUGGUUGUGACUCUAGUGCAGCUAAAUGUACGUUCUUUGAAUAUCCAGAAAGGUACUGAAAAAUAUAGUGAUGGAAAUACUGCAAAAGGACCUGAUUCAUGGAAAAUUCAUGCAGUUAUCAGAAAGAAAGUUCUGAAACAGAACUCUUUAUCUGCAGUGAAAAUGGUUUUGAUGUCUGAAAAGAUUCUUGUUUCAUUUCAUUUAGCUCUCAGUUCCUUUAGGCUAUGGUUUGCCAAAUCACACAUACAUAAUAAGCAAUGAGAUUUCAUUGCCAAAGUUAUUUGGACAAAUAAGGUAAAUCAUCUUUAAAAACCAUGCCAAUUCCUCCCUUGCACCUUUAUAGUCAAAUUGUGCUGAUUCAAUUCUUACAAGUAAUGGUAAUCACAAUUUGUUCAAAGAAGUAGCCAUUGUAUAUAAGAACUUUUUCCAAAUUUGACAGGGAAAUGUAAAAUUAUGGAAAUAAAUUUAAUUAUGGAAAACUAAACAUCCAUUCUAUCUUUAAAUGAGAUAUUCUGAUUAAAUUUGUGGCUCAAUUCAGAAAGUUUUAUUCACUCUAGUGCAGACCUGGGCAUUUACCGCCCACAGGCUACAUCCAGCCCAUUAGCUCUUCCUGUCUGACCCAUGUGAGGCCAAUCAGAAAUUAGAAAUCAAAUGUAAAUAUGUGCGCAGCAGAAAGCAGAAGCCAAAUCAGGCCUGGCUCUGCAUAGUCAUCAUGCGCUCCUUCAGCCAGGAGAAAGUGCUUUUCUGUGCUAGCACAGCACUCAUCCUUUACUUGGUAUGCUCCAAAAGACGCUUUAUGGAUUUCAAGUGAAAAAUGAAAAAUCCGUCCUUUUCUUAAAGAUAUAAAUGGAAUGUUGGAAUCAAUUCUACUCGUUCAUUUUGGUAUUAAAGAUUUGAUAGUAGUUAAGCAAUGCAUAACCUUUCCCAG